AUGUCUUCCCACCAGAGCACGACACCUCAGACACCGCCUCAGUCGCAACAACCUUCCUCCCUCUCCAGCCGCCUGAGCCUGCUCAAAGACAAGCUCCGCCCCAAGCGCAAGACGACAAGGCGCGGCAACAGCAGUCAGCAGCAGCAACAAAAGGCCAAGGACGACGUGCUGCGGAACCAGAUCCGCAUGAACGUCUAA